UAUGUGGAGCAGUGUACAGUGAAGCGGAGGCAGAGCGGCUCCGCGAGCUCCUCUCCACUUUCCCAUAGAGAACCCUAGACUGGCCGCGGAGGGCGAGCUACACACACGCCCUCACGGCCGGCGAGCCCGCGAGGCAGCGCCGCCCGAGAGGGGCACGCGAGCCGGGGCGCGGGCAGGAGCAGCCCGAGGAAAACAACAACAGAACCCUCACGCCGACGGGCGGCUCGUGGCCGCCCCGGGAGCCCCAAACUUCAUCUCGGCGAAAGUCACUAUCAUAUGACAAAGGCUUUGCCGCAGUUCAUCUUCUUCCCUUUGUACUUUCCAUUUGCCUUCCUGGUAGUCACCCUCCAGGAAUCCCACUGAUGACGCACUCCCAGCUUUGUAUUCCCAUUUCUUGAAUUCUUUCGUGAACAUUGCCUGCAACUAAUCCUGCUGCAUCACAGAAGCUGGAAAUUCUGAUGUUCCAUUGAAAUCACAAUGGAUAGUCUUGACUUGACCGGACACAGUAAUGAAAGGCAGUAAUAGAAAUAAAGAUCAUUCAGCAGAAGGAGAAGGGGCUGGAAAACGACCAAAACGGAAGUGUCUUCAGUGGCACCCAUUGCUAGCAAAGAAACUUCUUGACUUCUCAGAAGAGGAGGAAGAGGAAGAAGAAGAAGAGGAUAUUGAUAAGGUUCAAGUUCUUGGGGCUGAUGGCCUAGAGCAAGAUGUUGGUGAGACUGAAGAUGAUGAAUCACCAGAACAGCGAGCCCGGAGACCAAUGAAUGCAUUUCUCUUAUUCUGCAAACGUCAUCGCUCCCUUGUACGUCAGGAACACCCCAGGCUUGAUAACCGAGGUGCUACCAAGAUACUAGCUGAUUGGUGGGCUGUUCUCGAUCCAAAGGAAAAGCAGAAAUAUACAGACAUGGCCAAGGAGUAUAAAGAUGCAUUUAUGAAAGCAAAUCCUGGCUACAAAUGGUGUCCUACUACAAACAAGCCUGUGAAAUCCCCAACACCCUCUGUCAAUCCACGAAAGAAACUAUGGGCCUUCCCAUCUGACUCUUCCCGAGACUUGGCAAGCCCCAAGAAAGCAAAGACUGAAGAAAUGCCUCAGCUUAACUUUGGAAUGGCCGAUCCUACUCAAAUGGGAGGCCUGAGCAUGCUGCUUUUAGCUGGAGAACAUGCUCUUGGCACCUCAGAGAUAUCCUCUGGCACUUGCAGGCCUGAUAUUUCGGAAUCCCCUGAAAUGCGUCAGAAGUCACCAUUAUUUCAGUUUGCUGAGAUAUCUUCAAGUACAUCCCACCCCAGCGCUCCUUCAAAACAGUGUCAGGCAUCAGCCCUGUUUCAGUUUGCUGAGAUUUCUUCAAACACUUCGCAGUUGGGUGGUGCUGAACCUGCAAAACGCUGUGGAAAGUCUGCACUCUUUCAACUAGCCGAGAUGUGUCUGGCAUCAGAGGGCAUGAAAAUGGAAGAAUCCAAGCUAAUAAAAGCAAAAGACUCAGAUGGUGGAAGAAUUAAAGAAUUGGAGAAGGCAAAGGAAGAAAGAGAAAUAAAAAUGGAGAAAAUGAAUGAAGCCAGGUUACAGAAGGAAGCAGAAUUUGAAAAAUCAGCGAAGGAACAUGCAGGAGAUGCUAAGGAAUUAAGAAAUUUUGAGGAGCUACGGAUGGAUGAUGUAGUGGCAAUAAAAAUGGAAGAUCCCAAAGAAACUAAAAAGGAAGAAAUAGACGAAGAUCAAAAAUGUAGUCACUUCCCUGAUUUUUCUUACUCUGCCAGCAGCAAGAUAAUAAUAAGCGAUGUUCCCAGUAGAAAGGAUCACAUGUGCCAUCCUCAUGGAAUUAUGAUCAUUGAGGAUCCCACAUCACUAAACAAACCAGAAAAACUAAAAAAGAAAAAGAAGAAGAGCAAAGUGGAUCGACAUGGCAAUGAUAAAUCCACCCCCAAGAAGACUUGCAAAAAGAGGCAAUCCUCCGAGUCUGACAUCGAGAGUGUCAUUUACACCAUUGAAGCUGUUGCAAAGGGAGACUGGGGCAUUGAAAAACUUGGAGAAACCCCUCGCAAGAAGGUUCGCACAUCCUCAAGUGGCAAGGGAAGCAUUUUGGAUGCCAAGGCACCAAAGAAAAAAGUGAAAUCAAGAGAGAAGAAAAUGUCCAAGGAGAAAUCUUCAGACACCACCAAAGAGUCAAGACCUCCAGAUUUCAUCAGUGUUUCUGCCAGCAAGAACAUGUCUGGUGAGGUGCCAGAGGGUAUAAAAGCAGAACAGUUGACCCCCACAGAGGAUGCACUACCACCCAACCUGUCAGCACAGACCAAGACUGAGGAUGGCGACUGUCCCAGAAAAAUAGAGACUUGUGGCUCCCGGAAAUCCGAGAGGUCUUGCAAAGGUGCUCUUUAUAAAACCCUGGUGUCUGAGGGCAUGCUCACCUCUCUGCGAGCCAAUGUGGACCGAGGGAAACGAAGCUCAGGAAAAGGAAACUCUUCUGAUCAUGAAGGGUGUUGGAAUGAAGAAAGCUGGACAUUUAACCAGAGUGGGACCAGUGGGAGCAAGAAGUUCAAGAAGACAAAGCCAAAGGAAGACUCCCUCCUUGGCUCAGCAAAGCUGGAGGAAGAAUUUGAAAAAAAAUUCAACAGCCUCCCUCAAUAUAGUCCUAUUACAUUUGACCGGAAAUGUGUACCUGUCCCAAGAAAAAAGAAGAAGACUGGAAAUAUGCCCUCAGAACCGACUAAAACCAGCAAAGGUCCUUUCCAGUCUCAGAAAAAGGACUUAUUCCACAAAAUUGUCAGCAAAUAUAAGCACAAAAAGGAGAAGCCUAAUGUUCCAGACAAAGUGGAAAAACAUCACUCUUUAGGAAGUGGGGAUAAAUGGUCAAACAAGCAAUUCUUCUUGGAUGCCAUUCACCCUACAGAAGCCAUAUUUGCAGAAGACAAAAACACCACAGAGCCUGCUCAUAAGGUUAAAAAUGCCCUCUCCAUUCCCAACACUCCAGAGCCAACAGCAAUGCAAGAACCGCUGGUGGGCAGCCAAAAGAGAAAAGCAAGGAAAACCAAGAUCACACACCUGGUCAGGACAGCAGAUGGCCGGGUGUCACCAGCAGGAGAUGACAAACCAAAGGAACAACUGCAGAGGAGUCUCCCUAAAGUCCCCGGGACAGGCUGCAGUGAGGAAUGCGCACACGGCAGCGAGGCCGGCGAGACGCGGAGCAGCACUCCGGAGAUGCCGGCGGUGUCUGCGUUUUUUAGCCUGGCGGCGCUGGCUGAAGUCGCCGCCAUGGAAAAUGUGCACAGAGGUCAGAGGUCAACUCCACUCACCCAUGAUGGACAGCCAAAAGAAAUGCCACAGGCUCCUGUACUUAUUUCCUGCGCUGACCAGUGAUACGCCCUUUAAUUGUAAAACAUUGUGCUUUACCUACUACCCUAGCCUUGUCUUUACCGAGGGAUGCUAGUGAAUCCAUAUGGUGGAAAAUAUAGACUGCAAACAAGUGCUUGUUGCCCUACACGGCCCAGAUUCACUUGAAGCAGAAGUUAGCCUCCUGGGCCCAUUUGUUCUUUCAGAACCCAGAGUCUUUGAGGGUGAUGUUACCUGUCUGAUAAUGAGCAGAAAUGGAAUGAUCCUAGAGCUUUGCUUUCUAUUGAAGGCUUUUGACGGUAAUAGGGGGUAACUUGGUAAAAGGCUGCCUUUACUGUAGCUCAUUCAGCAUCUCUUUUACCAACCAGAGAGUGUGAAACUAGUUUCGUAUAUUACCUAGUUAUUCUUUCAAAACAAAAAACAAAACAAAAAAAAAAAACACAAAAACUGACGCACUGCACUAGUUAUUAUUAGAUAUUCUUAGUCUUUUUUGUACAUGGAAGAUUUGAGUUCUAAGAUGGUUUAUAUAAUAGGUUAUACCUACAUUUAUAUUGUAGAAUAAUAUUAAAAAGCCUGUUCCGAGACUCUCACAGCACGGGCAGGCAGAUGUACCAUUGUUAGCGGUGUAUGCUCGGCCUCGUGGUCCAUAUAUUCUGCACUUUUAUAUUUGCCACCAGAGUGGUAGUUUGCUGGCAAAAAAAAAAAAGAGAGAGAGAGAGAAAAUUUACAAUUCUUACAAGCUGAAUUUUUUUCUUAGCCUUGAGUGACCAAGAAUUUGCUUGGGGCAAAUUGUGGCAAAUAUUUUCCCAGACAGGGGAGAAAGAGUCCUGCAGAUUACAGAUUACUGGUGUUUUCAUGCCUUGAGGAUUCUUUUAUUUUUACACAAGGGUCGAAGUGACCAAUGGAUCGUUCAUACAAACAAAAAAAAAGAAAAAAAAAAGAGAAAACUAUUAUUCAGAAGUGACCUUAGUAUUGCUUCACUAUUCUGAACACAUUGAAGACACUCACUUCCUGUGGACGUUGAGCCACAGACCUUUUCCAUCCAUCCCAGACUGGACGGGUAGCAAUUGCUAUGCACAGCCUAACUGGCACUGCAGGUUUUUAGAGCCAUUUUGAGUUUGUGUUGUUAGGGAGGUAUUAAGUAAAUGCUAAGGGACGUAUGCCUGACCAGAGUGAGACUGUCAGUCAUAGAUCCACCUGCAAGUUUCUGUUUCCUUUUUGUAUUUUGUUGCUUUUGAACAUAAAAACCAACCGUAUAUAUUCCAGUACCAAGUGGAUUAACUGGCUUAGAACAUUCAACAUAUUGACUUAACCACCUGAUGUUCACAGUGUCUUGUUUCCUAGCAACAGAUACAAAGUGAUAAAUCAAAAUUAGUCAGAGGCUACAGAUUUUACAGGGUAUUUGUUCCAUAGCACAAAGUAUUUCCCCACUCUUGCAUUGCAGCACAAACUACCAAAUUUCAAUUAUUGGAUUCCAGCAAUAAUUUUUAGUGGUUUUCAAACUGGCAGAAUUUUCAUAGUGUUAGUUCAAGUUUGAAGCUUUUGAAUUAGAUCUCUAAAUGGUGACAGUUUACAAGGUUUUAUCUAGCUUUCUUAUUUAUACUUGACUGAAUUGUAAUGAUUUUUUUUCUAAUUGUAAUUUGACCUAAUAGCCAUAUAAAAAAUACUCUACUAGUACUGACUAGGUUUAGCUUUUCAUGGUUGUACUUCAGUUUCAGUGCUGGAAAAUAUGUACAACAUACGAAUUGAAGAAGACUAAUUAGAGAGAUGUUUUUUUUCAAAAGCAGGUGAAGAGGGCAGCAGAGCAUUGGAAGGGUGUUCUCAAAAUGCGUACUCAUUGUGGGCGUGGAGAAGGAAUUAGUCAGCAAGGUUAAUCAGAGGUUAAAGCUUAACCCCAUUCACACAGAGAUAAAUCAGGUGAGCAGCCCCAGAUUGCAGCAUGAUGUUUUUACUAUGAUGCUGUUUUAUUAAUAUUUUCUAAAUCUCAAAACACAGUGAAUGUUUGGAAAUCGCUGGGUCCCAGUGUUGGUGGCUGUUGGGAGUUUUUGGACCACUUGCUAGCAGUGAUUUUAAAAUUAUUAUUAGCUAAAAUCCAAAAAAAAAAACAAAAAAAAACAAAAACCAAACCAACAACAGAAAUUGUUUGGUGCAGAACAUGCACCUUGACAAUGGUACUAACUUGUUACGCUGUAGAACAACGUUAGAAUAGAUUGUCUUUUUGCCAGAGCAUCCUCCUCCAGUCCUCUGAUUACCUUUCACUAGAGUUCCUCAAGACAUUGCUGUAUAUUCAUGGGACCUUUUUUUAAAAAGAAGCAAAGCAAAAGAUUACUUUUUUCUAUAUGAUUAAUAUCUUACUUGAUCUGCUUUUCCUAAACCUCAGUGGCUUUUCCCUUAGGCAGGGGUGGGAGGGGGAGGGCAACCUACUGGACCUGACUGUUUUCAGAUACUUAAAAAACAAAAAACCUUUUUGUAGAAAUGCUUAAAUUUUUAAGCGGCUAGGCACUGAGAGUAGCAGAAAUCCUGCAAAGCUUUAUAGUCCUUUAGAUACUCGCCUUGUCUUUUCUCUGAGUGGACGUCUUGAUUUCAAUAUUAGUGCUUUUCUCAUGCCCUGAAUCCACUGGAAAGGGGUGUUGGUAUUUUUCAGGUAACAACAUUUGUUAGCACAAAUAUUUCAGACCAACAUGUAGUCCCCCUCCCCCCAUUUAUCAUUUUCAUUUCAUUUCUCUCAUUCUUUAUUUUGGAAAAUCGUAUUGCUAUGGUGUGUACCUUAACCUGCCAGCAAACACCAUCUACACUAACAUUUGUCCCACUAGCAUCCUCAAGAGAAAAAGUUGUUGCACCUUAUGUAUAUCUCAAGCAAACCAAAAUAUGAUGCUCUUCUGCUUUGUUUUAUUCUAAAUUGUUGUUGUAUCAUAUCUUUCUGAAACCAUUCUGAAUUUAGUUGAAAUUAUCAGUAUUUAUACUUUUAACCUUAAUUUCUGGAUUCAAACCUGUAUAUAAAUCUUUUGGAAAAAAUUGUCCUAGCCCUUCUCGGUGAUGCUGGAAGCGGAUGAUUUAGUCUCAGAUAGAGACACAGUACUGUUCCCGGUUCCUUUAGCCUUUUAUUUAUUUAGUUACUCCGGGUAUUUCCUAUGUAAUUUUGAAGUGUGUAGAGUAUAUAAUAGUAACUGAAACUGCAGCUCUUAAGAAGCUGAGUGAAAGAAAAAUUACUGUAAGACAUCCUUUUAAAGUUUUUAUUUGUUUGGAUACUGUAAUGAGAUCAGGAAAAAGGAAAAAUGUCCCACAGCCACACUGAAGAUACAGGUUCUUAUCCCCAAAUUAGGUUAGUUCCCAGAUUUUUAGAUCAAAACCGGUUGACUCAUUAAAGGCCCCUUUACAGGAUAAAUCAUGCUGUUGAAAUUCUGACAGUCUUUUUCCCCACAAAUAAUCAGAAAUAUAUUUAUUGAAUUCUGUCAGAUGAGCUUUCUGCCAAUGCCAUCUCAAAGCCGAAAUGCUGACAUCAUCCCCACGUUACCACUGAUAUGCUAGUUCCUGCCAUUUAAACUGCUGGAGGAAAAAAAAAAAAGUAAUGGAACACUAUGAACAACCAGGAGCAUCUGAACUGGUCUACUAGUUAUUUAGAAUCCAGUGUGUCUCAUCCUGUCAUUUUCUUAGUAAAGUCAGAUGCGACUCUGCCUAAGUCAGAUGAAAUUUUGUUUGCACUCUGCAGUCUUUGGCUCAUCGUAUGACAAUGUUUGCACCUAUGUAAAAUCUCAAGCAAAUUAUAAAUUGAUACAGAACCAGAAGGAAGCUGAAAACUGAAUGGCACGUUUUGUUUAUACAGUAUGUGUGGGGGAGGGGGAGGGGGGACUAUCAAAUAGCUCUGUUCCGAGUUUGGCAUUUGGCAUUAAUGUGAAGCAGUGGGACCGUGCUGCCUGCUAAACUACUGUAUGAAUCCUUAGUGUUCUGGAGACCAGCGGCGGGAGGCUGGAGGCUGGCGUCCAUACACCAGAGGAGAAGCACCGCCUCUUCACUGGGGAAAAGGAAGAAAGACAAGCGAGGCCUGCAGUCCUCAUUUAUAAAGGGAAAGUUGGGGUGUAUGUGAUGCUGUUGAGGAGAUUCGGCUUUGAUUGCACUGCUCCACAGCGCCCUCAGAUAAAGGCCAAUCCUAAUGGGCUACCUCGGCUUUAAAAGUUAAUUUCAGUAAGUUCCUGUUUCAAAGAUUUGUCUCUUUUUGCUUCUACCUUCAGUGCCACUAUUUUCCACUGCAGUGUUUUUGACUUCACAAACCGCCUUCUCCAGAGAGAACAAUGUAUCGCUGAAAAUGGGCAGUAGAAGCAAAUGCUAUUAUUACAUUUGACAUAUAAAGUAUUCAGAGUGACUGCUAGGUGGAAAUUAAAUUCUAGCUUUCCCCACAUAGGACCUUGUUUUGCACCUUAUGAAAAGUGUACUAAUUGUUAAUUAGAUGUUGCUUUUAUUUAUACAAGCAUUCCCAAAGAAUUAGAUUUGGAUUUUGUUUUUACUUCAGUUUUGGAACUUUUACAAAUGAUCUUACUUUGACUUACUUGACUAACAUUAUACUUAUAAUAAAAGAGAAACAGUUGUUCAGUUCAUCUUACCAGUUAUGUCUGGUGAAGUAUUCAGGGUUUGAUGGACUGUUUUGCUUUAGUUUGAAAGUGAUAGCUAAGUUUAUUAUACUCCAUAAUAUAUGACCUUGUCCUUUUCACUGGGGACAUUAUCUUCCUUACAUUUCAGAAUAAGGAAGCAACAAAAAAAGUGAAUAACAAGACAAAUAUGCCUGACUCGCUCAUACACCUCCAUCUGUUUGUGCUAUGCUUUCCUUAAAAAUAUAUAAAUAUAUAUUUUCUU